AUGGGAACUGAUGAUUUUCUUUAUCUCAAAAAUCCACCGACUGCCUACCUCAGGAGUCGACAAAAGAGGCUAAGGAUCUUUGAAGAAUUGGGCAUAUCGGGACCAACGCCAAAUAUUCUGUUUGGAAAUAUGAUGGAAAUACAUAGAAAAGGAGCUUUUGAAUGCCAUGAAGAAUGGAUUCAAAAGUAUGGAAAAAUUGUUGGGUAUUACCAUGGAAUGAAACCUGUUUUAUUGAUUUCUGAUCCAGACAUAUUGAAGAGGAUAUUCAUAAAGGACUUUCAAUUGUUUUCUGAUAGACCAAUGAUUCCAGCUGUAGAAAAAGUGACUGAUGUAACACUGUCCGUGUUGGAACAAAACGUCGGCAAAAAUAUCAAUAUCUAUGAAGUUCUUCAGAGACUUACAUUAGAUAUUAUAUGCGCACAAGCUUUUGCGUUGGAUAUUAAUGCUCAAACUAGUGAUUCACACCAUUUACUCACUAGUGCCAAGACUAUUUUCGAGCUUCGAUAUACUUCAAAAAUAAUGUUUUUGGGGUUGUGCUUUCCUGAAAUUGGAUUCAUUGGGAUGGCACUGAAUUUUCUGAAAAUGUUCUUCCUUAACAACUUCACAAUUCCACCUCUUAAAAUUACAGAAAUGGUUGGAACUGUCAUUGAAAAACGCAGACAAGAUCCAAGUAUGCGACGACCAGAUUUGCUGCAACUGUUGAUAGAUUCAUCCCUUGAGAACGCAAAAGAAAAAUCUGCAGACUCAUCGGAAAAAGUGAACCAAAAUGGCAGCACAGAAAUUUCCAGUAGACUGAUGCAACAGAAGGACAGAAUUCUUUCUGAUGUAGAAAUCAAAGCAAAUGCAUUGGUUGUGUUUUUAGCCGGAUAUGAAACUAUAAGCAGUGCUUUAGGUUAUGCUUUUUACUUUCUUGCGAAGUAUCCAGAAUACCAGAAAAGAAUUCAAGCUGAAAUCGACCAACAUUUUAAAAAAGAAGGGAAACUGAAUUAUAACUCACUGAAUAGCUUUCAUCAAAUUGAGAACUUCUUGCUGGAAACAAUGAGAUUAUAUCCACCAGGUGUACUUUUUGUCAAUAGAAUUGCAGUUACUGAUAUCGAUUACGGUGACUUGCGUAUACCAAAAGGAAUGGAAAUAUUAGUGCCAACAAAUCACAUGCAUAAAAACCCAGAGUACUGGGACAACCCUGAAGAAUUUAACCCGGAUCGUCGGUGCUCAUGUAAACAAACGCGUCACAACAUGGAAGUGUACACAGCUUUGCUUUGUGUAAUAGCAUUUCUUUGGUUUAUAUGGCGAAAGCAGCAUCUUUCAACGUUUGAAAAACUCGGAAUCCCGGGACCUAAGCCCAACUUCCUUUUCGGAAACAUCUUGGAGUUGUAUAUCAAGGGACCUAUUAAAUGUCAUCAGGAGUGGGUGGCAAAGCAUGGGCGAGUUUUGGGGUACUUCUACGGAAUGAAACCUAUCUUGUUAGUUACAGACCCGAUGCUCUUGAAAAAUAUAUUUAUAAGAGAUUUUUCGAAGUUCAUUAAUCGAGAGUCAUUCAACCCGUUGUCAAGAUACAGCAAAAGGGCAGAAUUAGGCCAAAGUGUUUUAAACCUACAAAAUCAAGAAUGGAAAGAUGUAAGAAGCAUACUUACUCCGACAUUUACUGCAGCAAAAAUGAAGCAGAUGGCAGGAAGCAUAAAUUCUUCUAUCGAAACUAUGAUAGAGAUGAUGACAGACAGAGCAAGAGCUGGAGAAGAAUUCGACGUAUCCGACACAUAUCAAAGACUGACUAUGGACGUAAUAACGAGAACAGCCUUUGGUGUUCGCACGGACGUACAAAAGGACUUCAAUUCAAGUUUAUUGCGAGCAACGAAACUGAUGUUUAGAACCCCUUACAGAGACCCUAUAGUAUUCAUAGGCUUGUCUUUUCCAUGGCUGAGACGACUUUGCAUGAAGCUACAGUUUUUUAUACUAGGGAUACUAAACCGAGGAGUCUCUCCAACCAUAAUGUUGAGUAAAGGACUCAAGCAAGUAAUCGAAGAUCGCAGAAGCAACCCGUUGGACAAGAAAGCCGAUCUUUUACAGUUGAUGAUCGACUCGAAAAUUAUACGGCACAGCCCUGACAUUGACGUGCGCAAGUUAGAAAUCGGUGACGGUGAAGAUGAUCUCAAAGCAGAUAAAGAACAUAAUUUCAAUGCAAUUGAAAGAACUAUGUCAGAGAACGAAAUAAUCUCAAGUGCUAUGAUAGUUUUGCUGGCUGGCUACGAAACUACUAGCAUGGCCCUUUCGUUCACCACAUAUUUGCUCGCUAAGCAUCAAGUUGUUCAAGAAAAACUGUAUGAUGAAAUCUGCGACCUUAUCCAAACAGGUCACAUCUUGGAAUACGCUACUGUAAACAGGCUUCCGUACCUGGACCAAGUUUUGAAUGAGUCUUUAAGAAUGUUUCCUCCAGUACAUUUGUUCAACAACCGAUUUGCCGUAGAAGAUGUUCAAUAUGAAGAUAUCAAAAUUCCAAAAGGCACGAUCGUUCAAGCUCCAGUGUAUUUAAUGCAACAUGAUCCUGAAUUUUGGCCAGAUCCCGAGAAAUUUAGGCCAGAAAGAUUCAUUACAAAACCGAACCAGAAUGGAGUUACAUUUCUUCCUUUCGGAGUAGGUCCUAGAAAUUGCUUGGGGAUGCGAUUGGCUCAAUUGGAAGCGAAACUUGCCCUUGCUCAUGUAAUCUAGAAUUUUCGGAUACAUCUGAACGAAAAACAAGAGAUGGCUGCAAUGCAGCAGAAAUUCGUCUACAAACAAGUAACGCAUACGGAAAAUCUUUUAUGA